UUUGAGCUCCCAAGCUUUUGUGGAAAGAAUGCACAUUUUGAAAAAGUAACACACGUCGCCGCCCCCGCCUGAUUCGGUUUGCAUGUGUGUGGUGGGCCCAGUAUAGGUCCUUUUUUUUGGCUCACAGACCAACGGACAUCUCUUUACUCUAACUGUUCAUUUUUGGUAAUGUAUUUUCAACUUGUUUAUGUAUGUUCAUCUUUGGUGAUAAUGUAUUUCCAACUUGUGUGGUGUGCGGUUGGCCAUUCUAGUGAGUACGUAAUCAUGGAUUCAUGACUACGUAGACGUGGUUUAGAGCCCAGCCCACCCAUUGCAUGAAACAGCACUCCCUGCACUUUAGGCAGCAUUUUUUCAGCAUUUCAAUCAAGUAGCAAGAAGACAUUAGCGUUAGUUAGAGAGUUUUAAUCCAAAGGAACCUUCUCUAAACACACCUAACUACUUGAUUACAGUUUAAAGUCAAUGUUGUCAUAGAAAUUCUCAUAUGAUUGAUGAGAAUUAGUCUAUCAAACAAUCAAUAGAUUUGAAAAUGUACUAAUCUACUAUAGUUUCACCAUAGGAGAAAACUAGGGCAGCUUCCUCCUAGCUUAGGGCAUCUCCAACAAUGAUAUGUAAAAUGAGUUUCCAAAUGUGUACUAUGCAUACUUCAAAAUGGUUUACAUACUCAUUUACAAACUUUGAAAAACUCUGCACUCCAACAAUGAUUCCCAAAUUAACUAAGUCACUUUUACUCUCUAAAAAAUAUGCAUACUCACUCUCUCUCCUCUUUGGGUUUGUAUAUUUGGGAACUCAUUUGAGAAAAUGUAAAUUUACAUAUUGUGAUGAGAACCCUGUUGGAAUGAUAAAAACUAAAAAAUGAGAACGCAUAUUAACGGUUAGGAUUUUACAUACUCACAUGCAUCCUUUGUUGGAGUUGCCCUUCUGAAUAAGAUUUGCAAUCAAGUUUCAUGGGUAUUUAUGGAAAACAUGUAAUUACAGGUGAGAUUAGUACAUAAAUGGUUUUCCAAACAGCAAUCAUGGAAAACAUUGAAUGAAUCAAAUUGUGAUAAGAGAAAGGACCACAUGCACAUGCAGCUUUUUGUUUCAAUUAACAGUAUUAGAUUUGUGUACAACUAAAAAGUAGCAUGAGUGUUGUUGUUUCAGUAUUGGGACUACUACUACAAAUUUCUUCCUCCAUUGAAAGUCUGACCUCUUUUUGCUCUAAGCAUCCACUUUCUCCUCCAUUGACCCCAAAAAAGCUUGUUUGAGUGAACCCCACAUGGUUGGAAGGCAAUCUAUGCCCAUCCCCCACCACCUUUCAAUUCAUACUCAAAUCUUUUCACGUAAGUACCAUAUAUACUGUAUCAAGUUAUCCAUUCAAUUAUAUGUAUAACAAGUAUGGCUUCUUUAAACUAAGUAAAGAAAGUUCAUGAUACACACUAAACUGCCACUUUUCAACAUUCUUGUCAUUCUGUUGGGUGUAUGCUUGUUUUCUUGAGAGAGGAAAAAUGCAGGUUCUGCUGAAGUUGAUUUCUUUUGCAAUUCAUGCGAGUCUUAUUACGCUUGUUUCACCAUCAGUUGAUUCUUCUCAAGAGAAUUCGAAAACAAUAAGCAAUAAUACAAGCAACAGCAGCAUUCAUAAGUUGAGUCCUAAGCUGCUAUUUGAGAUUACAGUUCAUGGGUUUCUGCUCUGGGCUUCAGUGGGAUUUCUGAUGCCUGUUGGGAUACUCAUUAUCAGAAUGUCAAACAGAGAAGAAUGUGGAAGAAGGCUCAAGAUUCUGUUCUAUCUUCAUACAAUUUCACAGAUGCUAUCUGUACUUCUUGCGACGGCAGGAGCAGUAAUGUCCAUCAAAAACUUCAACAAUUCCUUCAAUAAUAAUCACCAGAGAAUUGGGGUUGCACUCUAUGGCAUCAUGUGGUUUCAAGCCCUGAUGGGGUUUUUACGGCCACAAAGGGGAUCCAGAGGAAGAAGUGUAUGGUUUUUUGUGCACUGGCUACUUGGAACUGCUAUAUCUCUGCUAGGAACCAUCGACAUAUACACAGGAUUGCAAGUCUAUCAUGAGAAAACAUCAAAAAGUAUAAGGCUAUGGACAACAAUUUUCACUAUAGAAAUCUCUCUCAUUGCCUUCUUUUACCUGUUCCAGGAAAAAUGGGUGUAUAUACAGAAGCAAGGAGUGAUUUUGGGUGAUGAACCAAUACGACCCUCCAAUAAUGUGAUUUCUCCACAAGACAGAAAGGAAUUGGUGACUGCAUCUUGUUAAGAAAGCAGAAGAAACAAAUGACUGAAUUUUUUUAUUAUUUUUUUGAAUUCUAUAUAUCAUACAUUUAGGAGAGUUGGUGUCUGGAAUACAAGCUUCAUUAAUAAGAUGAGUAAUAUAUGACUCGGUUUAAUAUUACGUUAGAGAGCUAAGCUAGCUUAGUUAGUGAAGCAGUAAGCAGUAAGUGCUUAGAUAGAGAGAGGUGUUGCUGAG